AUGAGUCGAGAGAAUGUCGAAAACUUACCCCAGACGGUCGCUGAACUAGAAGCCCUCCCUUGGUGUCGGGCACUCCUCACAAGCCCAGGAGUCACAACUUUCAUUCCACCAUCCCGCGUCCCAGAAAAUGCCAAUCCACACGACAGGUUCUUUGGUAAAACACUCAACAACUCGACUGGUAUACCAGCUUGCAUCAGCUUUCAUACCGAGGCCCCGGGUCGAUCUGUCAUCAUUGAACUCUCGUCCCUAUUCGCGCUUUCAAGAGGGGUUGAUGGCUAUCCCAACAUCGCGCACGGUGGCAUGACUGCAGUGCUCAUCGACGAGGUCCUUGGUGUCUUGAUUCAGAGAAAUAUGGACACAGAGCGAGAGGGCCCGAUCUUCAAGAUGAACACAGUGACUUCUUCGAUGAACAUCAAAUACCUCAAGCCUAUCAAAACGCCAGGUGUUGUGCUGGGAACUGGGCAAAUCAAGGAAAUCCGUGGCAAGAAGAUCGUGCUUAGAGCUGUUCUCAAAGACGCAGAUGGUGUGGAGCUGGUGGUCUGCGACUCAAUAUGGAUUGGUAUCCCUAGAGUAAAGAUGUAA